AUGGACGGAAAAGAAGCAAACGACACCGCGCACAUAUGGCCGUGCGCCCAAUGUGGAGACAGCAGGGAAGUUUAUAGCGUUGGCAAUGCUCAGCAACCUGUGAUGGAACUAGUUUCCGACAUGCCUUUUGAUGAAGGAAUUUUCAAGAAAGAAAGGGGGUGCGAUUCAAUUGGCAUAGGAAUCAGCACGUGUAACAUAAAGCGGUGUACCAAGAUGAGAGGUGAUGAAACAAACGUUAGACAGAAUGAUCAGAUAAUGGAUACUGUGGACGAGAAUGUAACGAAAAAUGCACUGUUUAUUAGAAACACUAUGCAUGAUCCAUGCCGUAAAACAACUGGGAAGAUCGUUUGGGGGAAACACCACCCUCUCAUAGAGCAAAAGGACGUACAUGUUGAUCCCAUAAAUUCACGCUCAAGCAUUCCCAUGGAGGAAUCAUCAACGCCACUACUUAUAGAAGUUGCAAAUUAUGCCAGCAAGUCGAGUUACGAAAGAUCCACGACACAAGAUGAACUUUCAGCAAUGAGGUCCAGGCUAAACGAGAAUCAAUCACUCCAAACAACACGAACGUCAGAUCAGACAUUAGGAGAAAAUGCUAUGAGUGGAUUUAUACAACUACAUGAUAAUCGUUUAAAACAUGAUCAUCAUCGACAACAUCACCCCCACUUUACACAAAGACAACCACAAAUGCCAAGAGCACCGACACAUGCGUCGCCCGGACAAGAUCAGCCCUAUACAACACCAUACCACCAAACACAUCCACCGAAUGGUAACAUGCAACAUACGAGACAACAUGAUCCACACGCCCGCGGACCACAAGAAACUGCAAGACCAGUGGAUGCAAUUGUUCACGGCCCACCUGCCCAGCAAGUCGUGAGACCAGCGAAUUCUAUGUUACACGGUGGAAACAAACCUCCGCCACCACUUGAUAGUAGUGCUUUCGCUGCUCAAUAUAAUUCAAGCCCGGCUGAUGCAUAUGCCCGUUCUGAUCAGCAUAGUAAAAGACCAACUCCGAGCAAAAUAAACAGCGGAAACAAGCCCACUCCUACUACUCAUCCACAAGACCGCGGACCACAAGAAACUGCAAGACCAGUGGAUGCAAUUGUUCACGGCCCACCUGCCCAGCAAGUCGUGAGACCAGCGAAUGCCCACGGUCCAGGUCAACACCCGGCAAAUAGACAGGACCCCAACUUACAAGUUCACCAGAAUACCGAUAGGCCAGCGAAUGCCCACGGUCCAGGUCAACACCCGGCAAAUAGACAGGACCCCAACUUACAAGUUCACCAGAAUACCGAUAGGCCAGCGAAUGCCCACGGUCCAGGUCAACACCCGGCAAAUCACACAGAUCCACACGCCCGCGGACCACAAGAAACUGCAAGACCAGUGGAUGCAAUUGUUCACGGCCCACCUGCCCAGCAAGUCGUGAGACCAGCGAAUGCCCACGGUCCAGGUCAACACCCGGCAAAUAGACAGGACCCCAACUUACAAGUUCACCAGAAUACCGAUAGGCCAGCGAAUGCCCACGGUCCAGGUCAACACCCGGCAAAUCACACAGAUCCACACGCCCGCGGACCACAAGAAACUGCAAGACCAGUGGAUGCAAUUGUUCACGGCCCACCUGCCCAGCAAGUCGUGAGACCAGCGAAUGCCCACGGUCCAGGUCAACACCCGGCAAAUCACACAGAUCCACACGCCCGCGGACCACAAGAAACUGCAAGACCAGUGGAUGCAAUUGUUCACGGCCCACCUGCCCAGCAAGUCGUGAGACCAGCGAAUGCCCACGGUCCAGGUCAACACCCGGCAAAUAGACAGGACCCCAACUUACAAGUUCACCAGAAUACCGAUAGGCCAGCGAAUGCCCACGGUCCAGGUCAACACCCGGCAAAUAGACAGGACCCCAACUUACAAGUUCACCAGAAUACCGAUAGGCCAGCGAAUGCCCACGGUCCAGGUCAACACCCGGCAAAUAGACAGGACCCCAACUUACAAGUUCACCAGAAUACCGAUAGGCCAGCGAAUGCCCACGGUCCAGGUCAACACCCGGCAAAUCACACAGAUCCACACGCCCGCGGACCACAAGAAACUGCAAGACCAGUGGAUGCAAUUGUUCACGGCCCACCUGCCCAGCAAGUCGUGAGACCAGCGAAUGCCCACGGUCCAGGUCAACACCCGGCAAAUCACACAGAUCCACACGCCCGCGGACCACAAGAAACUGCAAGACCAGUGGAUGCAAUUGUUCACGGCCCACCUGCCCAGCAAGUCGUGAGACCAGCGAAUGCCCACGGUCCAGGUCAACACCCGGCAAAUCACACAGAUCCACACGCCCGCGGACCACAAGAAACUGCAAGACCAGUGGAUGCAAUUGUUCACGGCCCACCUGCCCAGCAAGUCGUGAGACCAGCGAAUGCCCACGGUCCAGGUCAACACCCGGCAAAUCACACAGAUCCACACGCCCGCGGACCACAAGAAACUGCAAGACCAGUGGAUGCAAUUGUUCACGGCCCACCUGCCCAGCAAGUCGUGAGACCAGCGAAUUCUAUGUUACACGGUGGAAACAAACCUCCGCCACCACUUGAUAGUAGUGCUUUCGCUGCUCAAUAUAAUUCAAGCCCGGCUGAUGCAUAUGCCCGUUCUGAUCAGCAUAGUAAAAGACCAACUCCGAGCAAAAUAAACAGCGGAAACAAGCCCACUCCUACUACUCAUCCACAAGACCGCGGACCACAAGAAACUGCAAGACCAGUGGAUGCAAUUGUUCACGGCCCACCUGCCCAGCAAGUCGUGAGACCAGCGAAUGCCCACGGUCCAGGUCAACACCCGGCAAAUAGACAGGACCCCAACUUACAAGUUCACCAGAAUACCGAUAGGCCAGCGAAUGCCCACGGUCCAGGUCAACACCCGGCAAAUAGACAGGACCCCAACUUACAAGUUCACCAGAAUACCGAUAGGCCAGCGAAUGCCCACGGUCCAGGUCAACACCCGGCAAAUCACACAGAUCCACACGCCCGCGGACCACAAGAAACUGCAAGACCAGUGGAUGCAAUUGUUCACGGCCCACCUGCCCAGCAAGUCGUGAGACCAGCGAAUGCCCACGGUCCAGGUCAACACCCGGCAAAUAGACAGGACCCCAACUUACAAGUUCACCAGAAUACCGAUAGGCCAGCGAAUGCCCACGGUCCAGGUCAACACCCGGCAAAUAGACAGGACCCCAACUUACAAGUUCACCAGAAUACCGAUAGGCCAGCGAAUGCCCACGGUCCAGGUCAACACCCGGCAAAUCACACAGAUCCACACGCCCGCGGACCACAAGAAACUGCAAGACCAGUGGAUGCAAUUGUUCACGGCCCACCUGCCCAGCAAGUCGUGAGACCAGCGAAUGCCCACGGUCCAGGUCAACACCCGGCAAAUCACACAGAUCCACACGCCCGCGGACCACAAGAAACUGCAAGACCAGUGGAUGCAAUUGUUCACGGCCCACCUGCCCAGCAAGUCGUGAGACCAGCGAAUGCCCACGGUCCAGGUCAACACCCGGCAAAUCACACAGAUCCACACGCCCGCGGACCACAAGAAACUGCAAGACCAGUGGAUGCAAUUGUUCACGGCCCACCUGCCCAGCAAGUCGUGAGACCAGCGAAUGCCCACGGUCCAGGUCAACACCCGGCAAAUCACACAGAUCCACACGCCCGCGGACCACAAGAAACUGCAAGACCAGUGGAUGCAAUUGUUCACGGCCCACCUGCCCAGCAAGUCGUGAGACCAGCGAAUGCCCACGGUCCAGGUCAACACCCGGCAAAUAGACAGGACCCCAACUUACAAGUUCACCAGAAUACCGAUAGGCCAGCGAAUGCCCACAGUACACCUCAACAACCGGCAAAUAGACAGGACCCCAACUUACAAGUUCACCAGAAUACCGAUAGGCCAGCGAAUGCCCACGGUCCAGGUCAACACCCGGCAAAUCACACAGAUCCACACGCCCGCGGACCACAAGAAACUGCAAGACCAGUGGAUGCAAUUGUUCACGGCCCACCUGCCCAGCAAGUCGUGAGACCAGCGAAUGCCCACGGUCCAGGUCAACACCCGGCAAAUAGACAGGACCCCAACUUACAAGUUCACCAGAAUACCGAUAGGCCAGCGAAUGCCCACGGUCCAGGUCAACACCCGGCAAAUAGACAGGACCCCAACUUACAAGUUCACCAGAAUACCGAUAGGCCAGCGAAUGCCCACGGUCCAGGUCAACACCCGGCAAAUCACACAGAUCCACACGCCCGCGGACCACAAGAAACUGCAAGACCAGUGGAUGCAAUUGUUCACGGCCCACCUGCCCAGCAAGUCGUGAGACCAGCGAAUGCCCACGGUCCAGGUCAACACCCGGCAAAUAGACAGGACCCCAACUUACAAGUUCACCAGAAUACCGAUAGGCCAGCGAAUGCCCACGGUCCAGGUCAACACCCGGCAAAUAGACAGGACCCCAACUUACAAGUUCACCAGAAUACCGAUAGGCCAGCGAAUGCCCACGGUCCAGGUCAACACCCGGCAAAUCACACAGAUCCACACGCCCGCGGACCACAAGAAACUGCAAGACCAGUGGAUGCAAUUGUUCACGGCCCACCUGCCCAGCAAGUCGUGAGACCAGCGAAUGCCCACGGUCCAGGUCAACACCCGGCAAAUAGACAGGACCCCAACUUACAAGUUCACCAGAAUACCGAUAGGCCAGCGAAUGCCCACAGUACACCUCAACAACCGGCAAAUAGACAGGACCCCAACUUACAAGUUCACCAGAAUACCGAUAGGCCAGCGAAUGCCCACGGUCCAGGUCAACACCCGGCAAAUCACACAGAUCCACACGCCCGCGGACCACAAGAAACUGCAAGACCAGUGGAUGCAAUUGUUCACGGCCCACCUGCCCAGCAAGUCGUGAGACCAGCGAAUGCCCACGGUCCAGGUCAACACCCGGCAAAUAGACAGGACCCCAACUUACAAGUUCACCAGAAUACCGAUAGGCCAGCGAAUGCCCACGGUCCAGGUCAACACCCGGCAAAUCACACAGAUCCACACGCCCGCGGACCACAAGAAACUGCAAGACCAGUGGAUGCAAUUGUUCACGGCCCACCUGCCCAGCAAGUCGUGAGACCAGCGAAUGCCCACGGUCCAGGUCAACACCCGGCAAAUCACACAGAUCCACACGCCCGCGGACCACAAGAAACUGCAAGACCAGUGGAUGCAAUUGUUCACGGCCCACCUGCCCAGCAAGUCGUGAGACCAGCGAAUGCCCACGGUCCAGGUCAACACCCGGCAAAUAGACAGGACCCCAACUUACAAGUUCACCAGAAUACCGAUAGGCCAGCGAAUGCCCACGGUCCAGGUCAACACCCGGCAAAUAGACAGGACCCCAACUUACAAGUUCACCAGAAUACCGAUAGGCCAGCGAAUGCCCACGGUCCAGGUCAACACCCGGCAAAUAGACAGGACCCCAACUUACAAGUUCACCAGAAUACCGAUAGGCCAGCGAAUGCCCACGGUCCAGGUCAACACCCGGCAAAUCACACAGAUCCACACGCCCGCGGACCACAAGAAACUGCAAGACCAGUGGAUGCAAUUGUUCACGGCCCACCUGCCCAGCAAGUCGUGAGACCAGCGAAUGCCCACGGUCCAGGUCAACACCCGGCAAAUCACACAGAUCCACACGCCCGCGGACCACAAGAAACUGCAAGACCAGUGGAUGCAAUUGUUCACGGCCCACCUGCCCAGCAAGUCGUGAGACCAGCGAAUUCUAUGUUACACGGUGGAAACAAACCUCCGCCACCACUUGAUAGUAGUGCUUUCGCUGCUCAAUAUAAUUCAAGCCCGGCUGAUGCAUAUGCCCGUUCUGAUCAGCAUAGUAAAAGACCAACUCCGAGCAAAAUAAACAGCGGAAACAAGCCCACUCCUACUACUCAUCCACAAGACCGCGGACCACAAGAAACUGCAAGACCAGUGGAUGCAAUUGUUCACGGCCCACCUGCCCAGCAAGUCGUGAGACCAGCGAAUGCCCACGGUCCAGGUCAACACCCGGCAAAUAGACAGGACCCCAACUUACAAGUUCACCAGAAUACCGAUAGGCCAGCGAAUGCCCACGGUCCAGGUCAACACCCGGCAAAUAGACAGGACCCCAACUUACAAGUUCACCAGAAUACCGAUAGGCCAGCGAAUGCCCACGGUCCAGGUCAACACCCGGCAAAUCACACAGAUCCACACGCCCGCGGACCACAAGAAACUGCAAGACCAGUGGAUGCAAUUGUUCACGGCCCACCUGCCCAGCAAGUCGUGAGACCAGCGAAUGCCCACGGUCCAGGUCAACACCCGGCAAAUAGACAGGACCCCAACUUACAAGUUCACCAGAAUACCGAUAGGCCAGCGAAUGCCCACGGUCCAGGUCAACACCCGGCAAAUAGACAGGACCCCAACUUACAAGUUCACCAGAAUACCGAUAGGCCAGCGAAUGCCCACGGUCCAGGUCAACACCCGGCAAAUCACACAGAUCCACACGCCCGCGGACCACAAGAAACUGCAAGACCAGUGGAUGCAAUUGUUCACGGCCCACCUGCCCAGCAAGUCGUGAGACCAGCGAAUGCCCACGGUCCAGGUCAACACCCGGCAAAUCACACAGAUCCACACGCCCGCGGACCACAAGAAACUGCAAGACCAGUGGAUGCAAUUGUUCACGGCCCACCUGCCCAGCAAGUCGUGAGACCAGCGAAUGCCCACGGUCCAGGUCAACACCCGGCAAAUAGACAGGACCCCAACUUACAAGUUCACCAGAAUACCGAUAGGCCAGCGAAUGCCCACAGUACACCUCAACAACCGGCAAAUAGACAGGACCCCAACUUACAAGUUCACCAGAAUACCGAUAGGCCAGCGAAUGCCCACGGUCCAGGUCAACACCCGGCAAAUCACACAGAUCCACACGCCCGCGGACCACAAGAAACUGCAAGACCAGUGGAUGCAAUUGUUCACGGCCCACCUGCCCAGCAAGUCGUGAGACCAGCGAAUGCCCACGGUCCAGGUCAACACCCGGCAAAUCACACAGAUCCACACGCCCGCGGACCACAAGAAACUGCAAGACCAGUGGAUGCAAUUGUUCACGGCCCACCUGCCCAGCAAGUCGUGAGACCAGCGAAUGCCCACGGUCCAGGUCAACACCCGGCAAAUCACACAGAUCCACACGCCCGCGGACCACAAGAAACUGCAAGACCAGUGGAUGCAAUUGUUCACGGCCCACCUGCCCAGCAAGUCGUGAGACCAGCGAAUGCCCACGGUCCAGGUCAACACCCGGCAAAUCACACAGAUCCACACGCCCGCGGACCACAAGAAACUGCAAGACCAGUGGAUGCAAUUGUUCACGGCCCACCUGCCCAGCAAGUCGUGAGACCAGCGAAUGCCCACGGUCCAGGUCAACACCCGGCAAAUAGACAGGACCCCAACUUACAAGUUCACCAGAAUACCGAUAGGCCAGCGAAUGCCCACAGUACACCUCAACAACCGGCAAAUAGACAGGACCCCAACUUACAAGUUCACCAGAAUACCGAUAGGCCAGCGAAUGCCCACGGUCCAGGUCAACACCCGGCAAAUCACACAGAUCCACACGCCCGCGGACCACAAGAAACUGCAAGACCAGUGGAUGCAAUUGUUCACGGCCCACCUGCCCAGCAAGUCGUGAGACCAGCGAAUUCUAUGUUACACGGUGGAAACAAACCUCCGCCACCACUUGAUAGUAGUGCUUUCGCUGCUCAAUAUAAUUCAAGCCCGGCUGAUGCAUAUGCCCGUUCUGAUCAGCAUAGUAAAAGACCAACUCCGAGCAAAAUAAACAGCGGAAACAAGCCCACUCCUACUACUCAUCCACAAGACCGCGGACCACAAGAAACUGCGAGGCCUCUUGAUCGAAAUGCGCAGGGUGUUUCACGAUCCCAGGAGACGGCGGGUGCAAAAUCUUCUGUAACGGCAGAUGUCUAUAUUGGUCCAACAUCGGGACCUCUUGGUCGUACGGCGAAUAUCGUUGUAGGGAAAAAUUCGGGACCGAUCCCUGAUAACGUGAAUCUCAUUGUCGAUACAAAUGCGGGGCCGCCACCUAAAGAUGUGAACCUAAUCUUUGUGGACGAUGCAGGGGCACAGCUUCAAACAAAAACACAUGCGUCGCCCGGACAAGAUCAGCCCUAUACAACACCAUACCACCAAACACAUCCACCGAAUGGUAACAUGCAACAUACGAGACAACAUGAUCCACACGCCCGCGGACCACAAGAAACUGCAAGACCAGUGGAUGCAAUUGUUCACGGCCCACCUGCCCAGCAAGUCGUGAGACCAGCGAAUGCCCACGGUCCAGGUCAACACCCGGCAAAUAGACAGGACCCCAACUUACAAGUUCACCAGAAUACCGAUAGGCCAGCGAAUGCCCACGGUCCAGGUCAACACCCGGCAAAUAGACAGGACCCCAACUUACAAGUUCACCAGAAUACCGAUAGGCCAGCGAAUGCCCACGGUCCAGGUCAACACCCGGCAAAUAGACAGGACCCCAACUUACAAGUUCACCAGAAUACCGAUAGGCCAGCGAAUGCCCACGGUCCAGGUCAACACCCGGCAAAUCACACAGAUCCACACGCCCGCGGACCACAAGAAACUGCAAGACCAGUGGAUGCAAUUGUUCACGGCCCACCUGCCCAGCAAGUCGUGAGACCAGCGAAUGCCCACGGUCCAGGUCAACACCCGGCAAAUAGACAGGACCCCAACUUACAAGUUCACCAGAAUACCGAUAGGCCAGCGAAUGCCCACGGUCCAGGUCAACACCCGGCAAAUCACACAGAUCCACACGCCCGCGGACCACAAGAAACUGCAAGACCAGUGGAUGCAAUUGUUCACGGCCCACCUGCCCAGCAAGUCGUGAGACCAGCGAAUGCCCACGGUCCAGGUCAACACCCGGCAAAUCACACAGAUCCACACGCCCGCGGACCACAAGAAACUGCAAGACCAGUGGAUGCAAUUGUUCACGGCCCACCUGCCCAGCAAGUCGUGAGACCAGCGAAUGCCCACGGUCCAGGUCAACACCCGGCAAAUAGACAGGACCCCAACUUACAAGUUCACCAGAAUACCGAUGAGGCGCUUCAUUUAAGGAUGGAGGAUUCCGUGGACAGCACUAUCAUGCUAGAAGGUGAUUUAAUACCAUAUAUGGAGGCGUGGUAUGCAGAAUCUGAUGAUGCAUUAUCUUUGCAUGGGAUUUCAAAUGGUAUUAAGUUGGCUGGAGGGAUAUUUGGUUUAUUUAUUCUUAUUGCCGUUGGAUCUACGGCAUAUUAUAGAUAUGCCUCAAGCUAUGAAGGUAAUGUAGACGAGGUAAACGUGGAUUUAUAUAUGAUGGAAGAAUCAGGAUAUCCUCAACUAGAAACGGCAGUAUACACAACACAUACUGUACAAACAUGCUAA